GGUAGAAAUUCUGCUUCCCAAUUGCGAUUAAUUUGAGGUUAUGUGUCUGUCGCCUAUAGAAAGGUUAUACAUAAUAGUGGCAUGUUACGGGAUGGACGAUGAAUAAGCUAUUAUCUAUUCCGAUCAAGGAAGCUAGUCGGGAGAUCUGUGGUGGUACGGUGCGACCAUCCGAGAUCUGUAAGGCCUCCAUUAAAUUGACUUCAAUCGUCAAGCCUUUAAAUCCUUAUAUCAACGUGACAAAUGAUGUUGCGGGAGAGCAGGCAAGCUCCGCCGAUGAGAGACAACAGAGAAACUCGUUACUGGGACAGCUCGACGGCAUUCCCAUUGCCGUUAAGGACAACUAUUGUGUCAAGGGUAAACCUACGACCUGUGCUUCUCGGAUGUUGGCAAACUUUUCCCCGGGCUACAACGCCACCGUCUACGAGAAGCUCAGGACGCAGGGAGUUGUUUUGAUCGGCAAAACUAAUCUUGAUGAGUUUGCUAUGGGCUCUGGCACUGUAGAUUCGCUUUAUGGACCAACAAAAAAUUUAUGGGGCUCAGAAGUGUUGUCUCAAUUUUAUUCGUACGGGUCUGACGAUUCGCAGGUCACUACAAGGAAACUCCAUGAAAAAGAUGCAUGGCGCAUAGCAGGUGGCAGUAGUGGAGGUUCGGCGGUUGCAGUAGCUACAGGUACCUGUUAUGCAGCCUUGGGUUCUGACACUGGUGGUUCUACUCGCAAUCCUGCGUCCUAUUGUGGUCUAGUUGGCUUGAAACCAACUUAUGGUUUGGUAUCACGUUAUGGUCUUAUUCCUCUAUUAAAUUCAAUGGAUGUACCUGGUAUUCUCGCGAGAACAGUAGACGAUGCUGUAUUAAUUUUAAAUGCCAUAGCUGGUCCCGACCAAGCAGAUCCCACUACUGUACAGAGAGAAUAUGUUCCAAUUAACUUAUCCGAAACGAUAGAUAUUAGUAAUCUUAGGAUUGGGAUACCAAAGGAGUACGGAGUACAAGGCAUAAGUGAAGAAAUUGCAGAAUGUUGGGAAAAAGUCUCUUGCCUUCUGAAAGAAGCAGGAGCCAGUGUCGUCCCAGUGUCGUUACCACAUACCGAUUACUCUAUAGUAUGUUAUUCCGUUUUAAAUCGAUGCGAUGUAGCUAGCAACUUGGCUUGUUAUGACGGCAUAGAAUAUGGUCACAGAGCCAAUGAAUGGAGUUCGGCUCACAAACUGUACAAGAAAACUAGAUCGGAAGGUUUCAAUAAUGUGGUCAAAGGUCGUAUAUUAGUCGGGAAUUAUUUUCUUUUGGCGGAAAAUUACGAGAAAUAUUAUGUUAAAGCAAUGAAGAUGCGUAGAUUAAUCGCGCAGGAUUUUGAUGUUGUAUGGAAUAGUAAUGUAGAUCUUCUGCUGACUCCAACUACGCUGACUGAAGCCCCGAGAUACGACGAAUUUGUACAACUGGACAAUCAGACGCAAUGUUUGAUUCAGGAUCAUUGUACGCAACCCGCGAAUAUGGCUGGUUUGCCUGCGAUCAAUGUACCAAUCAAACUCUCUCGCAAUAGGUUACCUUUGUCCUUGCAAUUAAUGGCGCCGCUCUUUCACGAACAGAGGCUACUUACAGUGGCAAAGUGGAUCGAGCAGACAGUACGAUUUCCGAGACUCGAAUUGAAGAAUUCAUGUUUGCUUGAAUAAAAUAAC